GAUGAGGAAUUCUUCGAUUCUCAGUGGGGGAUUCCUGAGGACCCACCCGACGACAUGGAGCCCAGUCGGACCUCCAUGUCUUCCUGGAGCAUUGGGAACAGUUUUAGAGAGUUUGCGUCUCCUGGUCAGACAUGUGAGCUUUCAGAGGAGGUGUCCAGCCUGAAGCAGCAGCUGGAGGCAGAGAGUCGGCAGAGAGAGGAGGCCAUGAAGACGCUGGAAGCUUCCAACUGCAGGGUGGCGGAGCUGGAAAUGCAGCUGCAGACUGAAGCUCUGGAGAAGAUGGAAGCUCUGGAGAAGAUUCAGAGUGCUGAGCAGAGAGUUUCAGAGCUGGAGAUGCAGCUGCAGACUGAAACUCUGGAGAGGAUGCGCAUGUCUGAACAGAAAGUUUCUGAUUUGGAGAUGCAGCUGCAGACUGAAACUCUGGAGAGGAUGGAAGCUCUGGAGAAGAUUCAGAGUGCUGAGCAGAAAGUUUACGAAUUGGAGAUGCAGCUGCAGACUGAAGCUCAGCAGAAGAUGGAAGCUCUGGAGAGGAUGCAGAUGUCAGAACAGAAAGUUUACGAAUUGGAGAUGCAGCUGCAGACUGAAACUCUGGAGAGGAUGCGCAUG